GCGGAAGGAAAAUGCUCCCUGGGGUGGGGGUGUUUGGAACUGGCAGCACCGCCCGGGUCCUGGUGCCCCUGCUGAGAGCAGAAGGCUUCUCCGUUGAGGCACUCUGGGGGAAGACCGAGGAGGAAGCCAAGCAGCUGGCAGAGGAAAUGGACAUCUCCUUCUACACCAGCCACACCGAUGACGUCCUGCUGCACCAGGAGGUGGAUUUGGUUUGCAUCAACAUCCCUCCGCCCCUGACGCGGCAGAUCGCCAUGAAGGCUCUAGGUACCUUGCUUACCUUUGGCUCUGCCUGUUCCGCAGGGAUCGGCAAGAACGUGAUCUGCGAGAAGGCUGCCAGCUCUGCGGACGCCUUCCGGAUGGUGACCGCUGCCCGCUACUACCCGCAGCUGAUGAGCAUUGUGGGCAAUGCCCUGCGCUUCCUGCCAGCCUUCGUGCGCAUGAGGCAGCUGAUCGCCGGCGGCUACGUGGGCGCCGUGCUGGUGUGCGACGCCCGUGUCUGUGGCGCCAGCCUGCUCAGCGCCACCUACAGCUGGCUCUGCGACGAGCUGAUGGGGGGAGGGGGCCUGCACACGGUGGGCACCUACAUCAUCGACCUCCUCACCCACCUGGUGGGCAGCAGAGCCCAGAAGGUCCACGGCUUGCUCAAGACCUUCGUCAAGCAGAACGAGGCCAUCGGCGGCAUCCGCCACGUCACCAGCGACGACUUCUGCUUCUUCCAGAUGCUGAUGGGUGAGGGGGUGUGCUGCACCGUCACCCUCAACUUCAACAUGCCAGGCUCCUUCGUCCACGAGGUGAUGGUGGUGGGCUCGGCCGGGCGCCUGGUGGCCCGCGGCACCGACCUGUACGGCCAGAAGAACACCGCCCCGCAGGAGGAGCUGCUCUUUGCCGACCCUCUGACUGUCCACCAGGGCCUGCUGGAGGAGGGCUUCAAGGACAUCCCCCUGCUGUACCUGAAGGGCAUGGUGUACAUGGUGCAGGCCCUGCGGCAGUCCUUCCAGGAGCAGGGGGAUCGCCGCUCCUGGGACCAGAAGCCGGUCGCCAUGGCGGCCUCCUUCGAAGACGGCCUCUACAUGCAGAGUGUUGUGGAGGCUGUCAAGAAGUCCAGCAGGUCGGGGGAGUGGGAGGCUGUGCAGGUGAUGACUGAGGAGCCAGAUGCCAACCAAAACCUCUGUGAGGCGCUUCAGAGAAAUAACUUCUGAGCAUUCCUGCUGUGGCAGCAGCCAGGACACCUCUGGCUUUCUUCCCUCUGAAAGCUGUAGAGAUUCCUAAUUUAAUAACCCCAGCUGCCUGGGUUUGGCUUUUAAGGUGUAAAACGUCUCCUGUCCUGCAAGGAACUGCUCUGGAUGAGUGCUGGAAAGGAGCUGCAACUGUUGCUGUGGUUGCAAAUGCUGAGUUUUUGUCUUGGAGACUGCUAGGAAAACUUGAAUUGCCCUUUGCACUUGCAGUAGCUGAAGUGAAGUGUGGGAUCUCUGCCUGGAAGUGGGACACCAGCCCUGCUGCACAGGUCCCUGCUUUUUACAGAUACACAGGAGAGCAGGUACAGCAAGAGCAGGGAAUGUUUUAUUCAGGUGCUUUCUCCUUCUCUCUUAGAGACUUGACUGAGUUUUGCUCCUCAGCUUGUGAAGUUUUGUGGAGGAGCUCAGUGAGGGGCCAGGGCUAUGGAGGAGCUCAGUGAGGAGCCAGGGCUGUAGAGCAAGCUCAGUGAGGAGCCAGGGCUGUGGAGGAGCUCAGUGAGGAGCCAGGGCUGUAGAGCAGCUCAGUGAGGAGCCAGGGCUGUGGAGGAGCUCAGUGAGGAGCCAGGGCUGUGGAGGAAGCUCAGUGAGGGGCCAGGGCUGUAGAGGAAGCUCAGUGAGGGGCCAGGGCUGUAGAGGAAGCUCAGUGAGGGGCCAGGGCUGUGGAGGAGCUCAGUGAGGGGCCAGGGCU